ACUUAUCAGCAUCAUAGAACAAGUAGAACAGGCAAAAGAAAAGCAUUUUAAAAUCCCUUUUUUAUCGCCGAUAUAACAAAGAGGCUUCUUCGUCACAAAGAAUCAUGUCAAUUUCUGAAACAACAACCCCAACAUGGACAACAUCGCCAUGGAGCCAUUCGGUCAUCAUGUGCACUCUGUUGCUUUGGGGACUUUUCUUAAAUGAAAAUGUGCUAUCUGCGUCGGGGUUUGGACCAACGCGGACAACGAGAACAUCUUCGUUCACCAAUACCCAUGCUCUCGGAGGCUUAACGGUAGGGAGGAGAACGRUUGAUUCAUUGGGGUCGACAGCCGACGACGAAGCAACUGCCGAAGUUGAAAUUGCGGACGCAGCAAGUCUUCGUUCUGUAACUUUUUCAAACAUAAUGAAAGACCAAGAACCACAACUCUUGUGCAAUUUUCUGAUGGAGCUUGGAGCUGCCAGCACCUGCAUCGUGGAUGCAGACAGGGGAACCACCGACGAGAAGGCCAUUUUCGACGAAUUCGACGAGACCAGCAUGACUCGAACGGCGGUCACUACGCACAACUGGAACAACUGUCACGUUUCGGCUCACUUUCCCGCUUCGGUUUCACUAGAAUGGAUCAUGGAAAUUGUUCAGGAUACCUUUCCAAAUUUGCCGCGAUACGACAAAGUUACCAAAGUGGAAGACAAAGAUUGGGUCCUGCACGUUCAGAAAUCUUGGAAACCUAUUGUUUUACCGCCGUUUGUCUUGAGGUUCCCCUGGCACACGGACAAAGUGGUUGCAGAAGCACUGGUGGAGAACAAUGAUAACGACUUAACCUUGGACGAUGCCGUUCAGCUCGAUUUGCARGGAGGCAUUGCCUUUGGGACCGGCGAGCACCCCACAACCCAGUUGUGCCUGGAAUUCAUCCACAACGUGGUUCGUAGACCAAACAUGCUAGUUAUGGACUAUGGUGCAGGAUCAGGUGUCCUUGGAAUGGCGGCGUGCAAACUGGAACCCACCACCMGCGCGAUCGGUGUCGACAUCGAUGUCGAUGCGGUCCACAUUGCCAACGCCAAUGCGGAAACCAACCAGGUGAACAUGAAGAAUUACCUGAGCGACYUGGUGCAAACCAUUAGCGACAACGACGACGAAUCGACGAGCAUACGACUCCAAAAGGCCUACAGCAGUACAGGCAAGCAAGAGGUUGCAGAAUCCCUGCCGGAGGAUCUGAACGGGCCGAUCUACGACGCUUUAGCAGCGAAUAUCUUAGCUGCUCCCCUGGUGUCGCUGGCCCCAUAUAUAUCAAAGCUCCUCAAGMCCGGUGCUCCUAUGGGUUUGUCGGGCAUCAUGACCAGCCAAUCGGAUAUGAUAUUAGAGGCGGCAUAUGCCGAUUAUUUCGACGAUAUGAAAGUGGAGAAAGAAUUGGGUGGUUGGGUGCUGAUUACGGGAAAACGAAAGAAAGAGUAAAUUAGAAAAGGAACCAAUGUACAAAGCAUACAGCAAUAUGAAUAACACCACUUUMUGUUU